AUGGAGAGGUCCUUGGAAUUGGGCAACACGACCAGAGUCCAGGAGUUUGUCCUGCUGGGCUUGUCUACCAGGCUGGGCAUCAGGGAUGCCCUGUUUGCCGUCUUCCUGACCCUCUACCUGCUGACCCUCCUGGAAAACACGCUCAUCAUCUACCUCAUCUGCAGGCACAGCGAGCUCCGCAAGCCCAUGUACUUCUUCCUGGGCAACCUCAGCUGCCUGGAGAUGUGCUACGUGUCUGUGACCACGCCCAGCCUGCUGGUGGGGCUGUGGGCUGGACCCUGCCCUGUGCCCUUCACAGCCUGCAUGACCCAACUCUUUUUCUUUAUCUCCCUCAUCUGCACAGAGUGCACCCUCCUGGCCUCCAUGGCCUAUGACCGCUAUGUGGCCAUCUGCCGCCCACUGCACUACCCGCUGCUCAUGCGGCCCCAGAUGUGCCUGGGUUUGGCCAUAACUUCGUGGCUUGGGGGACUGCUGGUCUCGGUGAUCAAAACAGCAUGCAUAGCUAGCCUGUCUUACUGCGGCCCCAAUGUCCUCAACCACUUCUUCUGUGACAUUUCCCCUCUGCUGAACCUGUCCUGCACCCACGUGGCCCUGACGGAGCUGGUGGACUUCCUGUCAGCCAUCGUCAUCCUCUGGGGUUCCCUGCUCAUGGCCGUGGCCUCCUACGUGGCCAUUGGUAGGGCUGUGCUCCGCAUGCCAUCAGCCGCCACCCGCAGCAAAGCCUUCUCUACCUGUGCUUCCCACCUGGCUGUGGUGGGCAUCUUCUACUCAGCCACUCUCUUCAUCUAUGCCCGUCCCAGCCGCGUGGAAGCCAUGGACCUCAACAAGGUGCUGUCGGUCAUCUACACGGUGGCUACACCCAUGUGCAACCCCGUCAUCUACUGCCUGCGGAACAGGGAGGUCCAGGCAGCUUUCCGUAGAACGCUGCACUGGUCCUGA